GUAAAAAUUUCGAAAUUCUUAGAAUUUCUGCAGCUGCUACAGCGACAGCAAAUUCUACCGCGUGAUUUUUAAAUUUUAAUUCAAACUUUGAUAAUUCCGUUUCAAUUUCUAGUAUAUUUCGGUGACAGUUUAAUUAAUUGACCGCUUAGAAAUCCCAUCGAACUAGAGAGGUAUCGUAUAUGAGACGAACAUCGAAAUGGAGAAUGUAUCUGCGUUUAUGAUGCAUCACGUAGUCAAUAAAUCCGCCGGUAAUCCAAACAAGAAAAACAAGAAACGCAGAAAAGCUCGUAAGAAUUCGCCCAACAUAUUAGAAAACGGCAUAACGAAGAAAAAAGAUCUCGUAGCUCGAGGAAAUCCGGUGAAAGCUUUGAAAAAAGUAAACGAAAAUAUCCUAUCACCUAAACCUACAGCGAGUCCCAAGAUCAAAGACAGUCAAGUGAAUAAAACUCCCUCUAAGAGUCCUAAAAGUAAAUCAUCCGAGAAUGAAAAGCUCUCGUCAGUUCAGCGCUCAACAUCACCGACCAAACAGCAGUCUCCGAACACUCCUAAGAUCAGCGAAACUCGUGUCAAAUCUACUCCAAGUUCUAGUUCUAAAAGUAAAUCAAUCAGUUUCGAAAACAGCUUCCAAACGAAACGACUUUUUGACUGGAUGAUUAGUCCCAUACAAGUUGACGAUUUCAUGAAGAAUUACUGGGAAAAGAAACCAUUACACAUAUCGAAACGUCAUUCCGAGUAUUCUUUACUGCUGAGCACACCGAUCAUCGAUAAUCUACUCCACUACAGCAAUCUAAUUUACACGAAAAACAUCGACAUAACGUUCUACACAGACGGUGUCAAGGAAUUACACAAUCAAGAAGGAGUAGCUAGACCACACGUCGUGUGGGACUUCUAUCUUAACAAAUGUAGCAUUCGAUUACUAAAUCCGCAAACUUUCGUUCCAAAUAUUCACAAAUUAGAUAGCGAACUUCAAGAAUAUUUUGGAUGUUUCGUUGGCUGUAACGCGUACCUUACUCCUCCUCAUUCGCAAGGCUUCGCUCCUCAUUACGAUGAUAUCGAAGCUUUCAUAUUACAAAUCGAAGGUAAAAAGCUGUGGAAAGUUUACGCGCCCAGAUACGAAUGCGAAAUGUUACCGAGAUAUUCCAGUAGUGAUUUAGACGAAGACGACCUCGGCGAACCGUUGAUGACAGUAUUGCUCGAAGAAGGUGAUCUACUGUACCUGCCAAGAGGCUAUAUUCAUCAAGCUUGUACCCAGGAUUCGAAUCACUCGUUACACAUCACGAUCUCAGCUUACCAGUGUAAUGCGUGGAUUGAUCUAAUGGAAAAAGUUGUUCCUAAAGCUUUGGAGAAUGCGUGGAAAGACGAUAUCGAAUUCAGAAAAGGACUCCCUUUAGAUUUCUUGAAAGCAGCUGGACUCGCAAGAAAUCCGGAUUACAAAGAUGCUCGUAUGGCGAUCAAAAGAAAUAUCAAAAACUUGAUUUACAAAUUAGUCGACCAUAUUGAAUUAGAUAGCGCCGUGGAUCAACUCGGCCAUAAGCUUAUGAAUGACGCUUUACCUCCUGUAUUGACCGAGGAAGAGAAAAAAUGCACCGUUUUCGGAGGAGGAUUAACCAUGUUUAGUAAAGGAGUGAUCACAGGUGUAGAGCGGUUCGAGUUCACCCAAGAAAUGGAAGUUGUUUUAUUGAGACAAUACGUGUCGAGAUUUGUCAAAGAAUUUGAUACCGGAAAGAAAGGUCAAAAUCGAAUCGUUUACCGUUUAUAUUACACUACCGAUAAUUCGUUAGAAUAUCAUGGCGAACCUACUUCGUUUUUCAUUAUUCCUAAAUCAUCGGUUAGAGCUAUUCAAACGUUAUUUCAACGUUAUCCAGAAUAUAUCCCUGUGGAAGAUAUACCUCAUCCUGAUGUUGAUGAAAGAAUCACUCUUAUGGCUGAUUUAUGGGAAAGAGGAAUUAUCAGAACGAAGGAACCGCUUUUAUAAAACAUAUUCAGAAUACCGAACAUUCGACGAUAGAAUGCGUUUUUUAUUUUUAUAUUAAUUAGUUACUGUUUGUUCAUUAUCUGUAUCUACGUAUGUAUUUUGUCUUUUACCCAUGUAUCUUAUUGUUUUCGACUUCGAAAUAACAAAUUUUAAUUUGAAAAUGAA